AUGAGUGCAUUUGAGGUCUUAAACUGGUGGUCCCUUAACAACACUGAGUCUUUCAUAGCUGAAGUGUACUACUCAGAAAACAUUGGCAGAGUAAUCCGUGACAUUGGCAAUAAUGUGAAUGCUAGGCGUGACAUCAACAAUAAUGAUGAAACCAGCAUUGAAAGAAAUGUGAACAUCAUUCCAUAUUCCAUUUACUUUUUUCGUGAUCUUGAACAACCCAGCACAGGUCAGACUAUGCAACAGACACUUCAAUCUGUCUAUGAUCUCUAUCUCACUAAUGGUUUGGAGCUAGAAACCAUGUCUCUUAGAAAGAAAAAUGUAACAAAAGGAAGUUGCAUUAUGAUAUUUAGGACACUUUUCCUAUUUCUGGUUUUUAUGGUGACAAAUUCAAUAGCUCUUGCGGAUCAACAGACAUACAUAGUUCACAUUGACAAGACCAAGAUCAAAGCCUCGAUUGAUUCCCAAGACAGCUCAAAACCAUGGUUUGAGUCCAUCAUUGAUUUCAUUUCUGAAGCUUCAACGCAAGAAGAAGGAGAAGAAGAGAUUUUAGCCCCUCAACUCCUUUAUGCCUAUGAAACCAGCAUGUUUGGUUUUGCUGCCUAUCUUUCCAAGAAACACCUCAAAUACUUGAACCAAGUUGAGGGUUUCCUCUCAGCCAUUCCCGAUGAGCUAUCAAGCCUCCACACAACAUACACCCCGCACUUUCUUGGCCUAAGGAGUGGAAGAACACCGUGGACUGCUUCUAACCUGGCCACUGAUGUGAUCAUUGGGGUUCUUGAUUCAGGAAUAUGGCCUGAACACACCAGUUUCCAAGACUCAGGCUUGUCCCCAGUCCCUUCUCAUUGGAAAGGUGUUUGUGAGGAAGGCACCAAGUUCUCUUCCUCAAAUUGCAACAAGAAGCUUAUUGGUGCAAGAGCCUAUUUCAAGGGGUAUGAAAAAUAUUUUGGAAAAAGAAUCAAUGAAACAGUGGAUUACCUUUCUCCAAGAGAUUCCCAAGGGCAUGGAACGCACACUGCCUCAACUGCAGCUGGUAAUGUGGUGAAAAAUGCCAACCUUUUUGGCCAGGCUAGAGGUACAGCAACCGGAAUGAGGUAUACUUCUAGAAUUGCAGCUUAUAAAGUAUGCUGGUCUUCUGGUUGUACUAAUUCUGAUGUAUUAGCGGCUAUGGACCAAGCAGUUUCUGAUGGGGUUGAUGUGUUGUCACUCUCUUUAGGGACUAUUCCCAAACCUUUUUAUAGUGAUAGUAUUGCCAUAGCUUCAUUUGGGGCAACCAAGAAAGGAGUUUUGGUUGCUUGCUCCGCAGGAAAUUCAGGCCCCUUUCCAUCAACAGUUGGAAAUGGUGCCCCAUGGAUCAUGACAGUUGCUGCUAGCUCCACCGACCGAACCUUUCCAACAAAAGUAAAGCUUGGGAAUGGGCAAAUUUUCAAAGGGUCAUCUUUAUAUCAAGGUAAGAAGACAAACCAAUUGCCCCUUGUAUAUGGAAAAUCAGCUGGUACAACAAAGGAAGCACAGUAUUGCAUUGGAGGCUCCCUUGAUCCAAAGCUUGUGCAUGGGAAAAUAGUUGCUUGUGAAAGAGGAAUAAAUGGUAGAACUGAGAAAGGAGAGGAAGUGAAAGUGGCAGGUGGGGCAGGAAUGAUACUACUCAACAAUGAAUAUCAAGGAGAAGAGCUUUUUGCUGACCCUCAUAUUUUGUCGGCCACAUCCUUGGGGGCUUCAGCAAGUAAUAUUGUUAGAAGCUACAGUCAAUCUCUUAAGAAACCAACAGCUUCAAUUUCCUUCAUGGGGACAAGGUUUGGGGACCCUGCACCAGUGAUGGCAGCAUUUUCUUCUAGAGGACCAAGUUUAGUGGGACUAGAUGUGAUUAAGCCUGAUGUGACUGCACCUGGUGUGAACAUCUUGGCCGCUUGGCCAUCCAAAAUUAGCCCAAGCUUUCUCACGAGUGACAAAAGAAAGGUAUUAUUUAACAUACUUUCAGGUACUUCAAUGUCUUGUCCUCAUGUUAGUGGCAUAGCAGCACUGCUCAAGUCUUUGCACAAAGGUUGGUCUCCAGCAGCCAUUAAAUCUGCUCUGAUGACUACCGCUUACACAUUGAACAACAAAGGAGAUCCAAUUUCAGACAUGGCCUCCAACAAAUCACUUUUGGCUACCCCUUUUGUAUUUGGUUCAGGCCAUGUUAAUCCUAUAAGUGCUUCUGAUCCAGGGUUAGUAUAUGACAUCAGCACCAAAGACUACUUCAAUUAUUUUUGUAGCAUAAACUUUACUUCUUCCCAGAUUGCUUUACUAUCAAGAAGUAAAUUUGUAUGUUCUAAAAAAGCAGCUCUUCAAGCUGGUGAUUUGAACUACCCUUCAUUUGCUGUUCUAUUUGGCAGAAGUGCCUUUAAUGCUAGUGUGACAUACAGGAGGGUUGUCACAAAUGUUGGAAAAUCCCAAAGUUCUUAUGCAGUUAAAGUGGAACAACCGAAUGGAGUUUCAGUUACUGUUGAACCAAUGAAAUUGAAGUUUGAAAAACUGAGUCAGAAAUUGAGCUACAAUGUGACAUUUUUGACAAUUGGAGGAGCAAAAGUUGCUGGUACCUCAUCAUUUGGGUCACUAGUUUGGGUAUCUGACAGAUACAAAGUUAGAAGUCCUAUAGCAGUGACCUGGCAGUAG